AUGUCGCUUGCUACACUUGAUACGUCACAACACCCCAGCCUCCCCACAUCCUCCACCACUUUGUUCACCGCGAAGCAGAAGAAGCAAGUAUCCUUUGAAACCAUCGCGAAAGAGUUGGGGAGAGAUGAGGUAGCAGUUGCCGCCCUUUUCUACGGACAGACCAAAGCUUCAGAGCAAGACAUCAAGAAGCUGUCCGAGUACUUCGAGAUUGAUCAUGCAACUCUGUCUGCGCAGCUGUCGGGCUUCCCAGACCGUGGCAAGAGUGUCGAGAUGCCGCCCAAAGAGCCGCUGAUCUACCGUCUCUACGAGGUUGUGCAGAACUAUGGCUAUGCCUACAAGGCGGUACUCAAUGAGAAGUUUGGCGACGGGAUCAUGAGCGCCAUUGCAUUCUCGACUCACGUCGAGAAGGAGGUCGACAAGGAUGGCGUCACAUGGGUCAACAUUAAGAUGCGAGGCAAAUGGCUCCCUUUCACGCCAUUCUAA